AUGCCCGGGAAGAAACCCAGUAAGAAACCCAGCAAGAAAGCCGGCAAGCGCAGGAAGCCGAACGUCUCCCGCUCUACCAAAGCCGAGCUGCAGUUCCCCGUGAGCCGCGUGGACCGCCACCUGCGCCAGGACCGCUACGCGCAGCGCCUGAGCUCCUCCACGCCGGUGUUCCUGGCUGGUGUCCUCGAGUACCUGACGUCCAACAUCCUGGAGCUGGCUGGCGAGGAGGCCCACAAGAACAGCAGGGUACGCAUCACCCCGGAACACGUGAAGAAGGCGAUCGAAAACAGCGAGCACCUCAGGGACCUGUUAGAGGAGGACCCCGAGCCCCGGGAUGAGGAAGUGGCCCAACCCGAGGAGAAAGAGUGA